CAGUGAAGUCCCAAAGGCCCUCCUACCCAUCUUCAAAAUCCAAAGUAGAUUGGGACCAGCUGGAAGCCCAAGUGAAAAAAGAGGAGAAAGAAGAGAAGCUAGAUGGUGAUGCGGCGUUAAACAAAAUGUUCCGUGAUAUUUACCUAGAUGCAGAUGAAGACAUGAGACGGGCCAUGACUAAAUCUUUUGUGGAAUCAAAUGGAACGGUGCUGUCAACAAAUUGGAAAGAGGUAGGCUCAAAGAAGGUGGAGGGAAGCCCACCUGAUGGUAUGGAACUGAAGACAUGGGAGUACUGACAUCAUCUUCCGUUCCCAUGUUGUUGGCAGUUCAAUUUGUACAAUGCGAUUUUCUAUUCAAGGAUGGAAUGGGUUUUUUUUUUUUGUUUCUGCUGUUAUUUAUUGGACAUGCUGUCGUCUCUUAUAUCCUUGGGUUUUGUUUUGUACUGUUUGUUCCUAAGUUGUGACAGCUUGUCUGAAAAUUGGUUACUUUGUCACUCGUACCUGGGAAUUUCAAGCCUUUUCGUCGCUAAAACAUUUUCAUCAUUAAGUGGAAUUUCGUCCAAUCUUCAGCAA